UAAUCCCAAAAUAUAAGGAAUUUCUUUAUAUAAUUAGUUGUGACCAAGUGUCACCCCAAAGUUAUAGUAAUUAAUUAAUCAAGUCAUUUGUUUUUUUUUUAGUCCCAACGUGGUGAAGGCGUGUAAAAUUAAAUUAUUGAACUGGUGGAAAGUGGGAACCAUAUGUGUAUAUGUGACACAUAUCUUUGUCGUGUCUAUUCGUCUCUCUAUAUAAUAUAGACAUAUAUUUUUGCCAAGUUAUCAAUAUUUUUUCAUUGAUACGAUGAAUGCACACAAAUGAAAGGCCAAGCAUGUUAUGCCGUGGGGAUGCCCCCCCUUCUUCAUCCUUUCAGAUUGACAUAAAGCAGCAGAACAAAGUAACAAGAAAUGGAAGAAUCUCCUCUCCUUCCAAGCCAGCGUCCCCACAUAUACCAUGGCCCAGAUGGAGAGGAACAAGAAGGCGGCUGUUUUAGAGCACAAGUAGUUGAAGAAACAAAGAGGCAGCUUGGCUUAGCAGGGCCUCUAGUAGCUGUCAGCCUGUUGCAGUAUAGCUUGCAGGCGAUUUCGGUCAUGUUUGUCGGCCAUCUCGGCGAGCUGGCCCUCUCCAGUGCUGCCAUGGCCACUUCGUUUGCUUCAGUAACAGGUUUCAGCGUGCUGCUAGGAAUGGGAAGUGCCUUGGAAACUCUGUGUGGACAAGCCUAUGGAGCCAGACAGUACCACAUGCUAGGCAUUUACACACAGAGAGCGAUGUUAACCCUACUAACCUUAGCCAUCCCUCUAGCAUUCAUUUGGCUCAACACAACCACCAUUCUGAUGCUCUUUGGCCAAGAUCAUGACAUCUCCACUGAAGCAGGAAAGUUCAAUGUCUGGAUGGUUCCAAGCCUCUUUGCCUACGCUCUUCUCCAGUGCCUCAACAGGUUUCUGCAGACGCAGAACAUUGUUUUCCCCAUGAUGGUGUGCUCUGGAGCCACGGCUUUGCUCCACAUUUUUGUUUGUUGGGUUCUUGUCUUUGGAUUGGGGCUUGGAAGCAGAGGAGCUGCCCUGGCUAACAGUGUCUCAAAUUGGGUGAAUGUGGCUUUGUUGGCAAUCUAUGUGAAGUUCUCACCGGCUUGCCUCAAGACUUGGACGGGCUUUUCAGGUGAAGCCUUGCAUGGUGUUCUCGGCUUCUUGAAGCUUGCCAUUCCUUCAGCAGUCAUGAUAUGCUUUGAGUAUUGGUCCUUCGAAAUGGUGGUUCUUCUAUCCGGUCUUCUCCCUAAUCCACAAUUAGAGACAUCAGUGCUGUCAAUAAGCCUUAACACAUGUUGGAUGGUCUACAUGAUCUCUGUUGGUCUUGGUGGAGCAAUAAGUACAAGAGUUUCGAAUGAAUUGGGAGCUGGGCGGGCACAGGGCGCCCGGCUGGCCUUAUGUGUUGCGGUGAUAGUGGCUGUGGUGGAGGGCACAAUAGUGGGAAGUGGUACCAUUUUGGUUGGAAAUGUGUGGGGAAAACUGUAUAGUAGUGAGGAAGAAGUGGUCAAAUAUGUUGGUAGAAUGAUGCCGCUGCUUGCAGUUUCCGAUUUCUUGGAUGGAUUUCAGUGUGUCCUAUCAGGGGCUGCUAGAGGAUGUGGAUGGCAAAACCUGUGUGCAUUUAUCAACCUUGGGGCCUACUUUGUUGUGGCAAUCCCCUGUGCUGUGCUCUUUGCUUUUGUCCUGCAUAUUGGGGGCAUGGGACUGUGGAUGGGAAUUAUAUGUGGACUGUGUGUACAAGUUAUAGCACUUGUUAGCGUAAAUUUAUGCACGGAGUGGGAUCACGAGGCAAGGAAGGCUGUAAACAGCGUUCAAAAGACACGUUGUGUUGUAGAUUCUGACCAAAUCACACCGUCAUGAGCUCAGAAGAUCACGCCCAAUCAAUCAAUCAAUCAGCACUGUUAUGCAUGCAUUUUUUAACCAAAAAAAAGAGAGUAAAAACUUAUAAAAUGGCUUGGUUGGUACUUUGACUUUUUUUUUUUUUAAUUUGUUGUUGGUUCUCUUUAUUAUAUAAUUGUAUAGCAUCAACUGGAAAUCCUUCUGAAAGAUAGUACCAGAUAUGAUAUAGUGAACUCACGCUUGACUUAAGAUGUACGGUUUUUUGCAA